UAUUGUUUGACAUGCAGUUACUGCAAUCGUGAUAUAAGUGCAGCUCUUUAAAUGCGUUAAAUAACUGACUUUAAACAUGACGCUUAAUCUUGUAGAAAAAAAAUUCCUAAUUACAGGGGCCGGUAGAGGAAUUGGUCGGGAAAUUGCCAAAACGUUACACCAGCAAGGGAGUAAAGUUUACGCUUUAAGCAGAUCGAUAGAACCACUGAAAUCACUUGUUUCGGAAAAUCCAGGAAUACAACCGAUACACGCAGAUGUCGGGAAGUGGGAAACGCUUUUUAACAAACUGGAAGGGAUAGACGUUUUGGGCGGGCUUGCAAAUAAUGCAGCACAGACUGGCAUCCCUCCCAUCGGUGCAUUGGAUUAUCCCCGAGAGGAACUUCAAAGCCUGAUUGAUUCACAAGUUCUUGGACUUAUCAACGCGACGCAAAUUGUCGCAAAGAAAAUGGUUGCAGCAGGAAAGCCUGGAUCCAUCGUUAAUGUGUCAAGCAUCUGGUCCAAGCAAGCGGUUCCUGGGCAAAUGGCAUACACAAUAACAAAGGCUGCUGUUGAUAUGAUAACCAAACAGUUUGCUCUAGAGCUUGGUCCUCACAAUAUUCGUGUGAAUGCUGUUAAUCCUAAGUUAAUUGUAAGAAAUAAGUAAACUAACGAGCAUUAUAAACAUAUAAGCUGAUAUGUGUAGUAAAUCUACGAAAAUAAAAUUGUUUUUCGCAAACAUAAAUAUUAAAUAAAUGAAUAU